CCUCGCAUCCUCACGCAAAAGGAUGGACGAGACUGUGUGAAACAUUUUUUGGUGCAAGGCACACACAAAGGGUAGCAGCACUGACAGCUUCAGUUUUUGCACUCGGGUUGAUCAUGACACCAUGCGCCAGCGUCCAGUCUCCUGAAUUCUUCCUCGGAGGGUCCGUGCAAACUGGUGGAUUUCCACAAGUGGAGCCUCUUUGAUGUCCACUCCACCAUGGGACGGGGUACUGGGGGGGGUACUUAAAGGAGAGGCAUCCCGGGGAAAUGCACUCACUGCGGUGCCAGUGACUUUGACUAAAGCGCCCCCACGCUGGUUUUCAUGCCGUCUCCGACGAGAAGCUUGUCGCUGUCCGAUGCGCGAGUGGUGCUGAAAUUUGGAUGAUGACUGGCCCGCGUCUGCAAGGCUGUCGCUCCCUGCACUUGAACGAGGACAACGGCCGCUUCGUGCUGCUCGCCCUCCUCAUCAUCUUGUACCUGCUGUGCGGCGCUGCGGUCUUCUCGGCCAUAGAGAGGCCCUCCGAGCUAAGGGCCCACGGCCGCUGGAACGGGACGCUCCGCAACUUCAGCGAGACCUUCAACAUCAGCCUGCGGGAGCUCAACUCUUUCCUGCGGGAGUACGAGGCAGCCAUCGCCGCCGGGAUCCGGGCUGAUGCCCUGAGGCCACGAUGGGAUUUUACAGGGGCUUUUUACUUUGUUGGAACUGUGGUGUCAACUAUAGGUUUUGGAAUGACAACACCUGUGACCGUGGCAGGCAAGGUCUUCUUGAUCUUCUAUGGGCUACUGGGUUGUGCAGCAACCAUCCUCUUCUUUAAUCUCUUCCUGGAGCGCAUCAUCACACUGCUGGCCGUCGUCAUGAAGGCUGUGAGGGAGAGGCGGAUCAGGAACAGCGGCCUCCUACCACCGGGGAUUCACCGGGACUUCUCUGCUUUCUGUCUGCCGGGGUGGAAGCCCUCUGUGUACCACGUGAUGCUGAUUCUAGGCCUAUCAGCCAUCACCAUCUCCUGCUGUGCUUCGGCCAUGUACACCCCCGUGGAGGGCUGGGCCUACUUAGAUUCGCUGUACUUCUGCUUUGUCACCUUCAGUACCAUCGGCUUUGGGGACUAUGUAAGCAGCCAGAGUGCGGCUUACGAAUAUCAAGGCCUCUACCGGGUGGCUAACUUCCUCUUCAUGUUAACAGGAGUGUGCUGCAUCUACUCGCUCUUCAACGUCAUCUCUAUCGUUAUCAAGCAGGUGCUCAACUGGAUGCUGGAGAAGAUGAGCUGCUUGUUUUGCCAGCGCUGCAAUAAAGCCAGCACCUUCCUGGGCAGACGUAAUGCCAUCCGGCCGGGUUCUCGGGGUCGCCAACCACCCGAUCCGGAUGGACCGUGUGACAGUGACACUGAGGGACGCAGGUUAUCAGGGGAGAUGAUUUCUAUGAAAGACCUGGCAGCUUCCAACAAGGUGUCACUGGCUAUCAUGCAGAAGCAGCUUUCCGAAUCUGCUAAUGGGUAUCCCAGGACGGUUUGUGGCAGCUCACGGCAUAACGGUUUCUCUGGGGGGGUCGGUGCCCUUGGCAUCAUGAACAACAGACUGGCAGAGACCAGUAACUCCAGGUAGACGGUUAGUAAGACAUUCUGGCAUCAGAAAACCUGCUGUGAAGUCGACAUGUUAUCCGCAUUACACAGGAGUGUUUGCAUUCAUGUGGCUCCAAUUUCCACUGUGAUGACAGUGAUGCUCGACUAUUAGAUGGUGAUGGCAUGAAGACGCAGUCAUCAAGCAGCAGGGUAAAUGGCUCUGGAUGAGUGACAACCACCAAACACCCAAAAUGAAAUUAGCUUGCUUAAACAGAGGCAUGCCGUAGUGGACCCAAGGGAAGCAUACAAAGCAAUCUCUAUUUGUUGUAUAUAUAAAUUUAUAUGAAUGUCCAUAAUCAGUGGUAAUAUUUAUAUUUAAGACAGAGUAUAAUCACUGAAUGACACAGCACAUACCAAUCUAUGCAUUAUACAUUUCAUGCAUUAUUUUGCACCAUGUCUAGACAUUCUGUUGGUUUUUAGGUGCCAUGUUUUCUUGGCACAAGAGUGGCGUUUUUCAGCAUGAUGUAGCAGAUUUUGUCUCGGCUGCGCUGGAAGGGAUUUACAGUGCGUCUUACCAACAGGCAACAAAGAGACAUUUUGCAAUCCUCGCUUGCUCGCCAUGGAGAAAAGGGCAGGGUUAAAGAAUGAAAAUCCAUUUCUCGAGAGAGUCACCGGCCCUCUUAUCAGCUCUGAACACGCUUCCACGGCCAAAGACUUUGACUUGAAGGGUAAAAGAGGCACCUUCCAAUGUUUCCUCCCUCUGCUCACAGCUGACUGUGCAAUGGAAAACAAAUGAUAAAGCCUUGCAAUGUAUUCAUCGCUCUAUGAACCCAGAAAAUGUAUUUGUAAACGGAAAUAAACGAGAAGUAAGUUUAUGUUUUUGGAUGAUGGCGGUGUAAGUGGGAGGUAAGUGGGUUUAUCCCGUAGGCGCAUUAUGCUAAAUGAUGCAGGCUGAAAGAAGCUGGGUCAGUCUUAUAGAUGCUCAUGUGGGAAACAAAACCCUGAAGAAUUCUCUCCCUCGCAUUGAUUUAUCUUGUUCCGGGUAUUUGUGGUUUUCGUCAAGGGAGGUAUCGUUGCAGAUUAAUGUUUUUGCCUCUCUUGCUAAAACAAAGAUGACCCCGAAAGUCUGCAGAGGUUGAUUUUCCUGCUGAUUUCCGUGUAAAUGUGCUGGCCAGGAUUAAUGGCUCAGUGGUUGUUUGCAGAGCAUAUUGUGCCACCUUGUCAGGCUUCACGAUCAAUGUCCUUAUUGCCGGCGAGUGUCUCUUCCAAGGCGUCUGUGAUUUAAAGCUGUGCGAUGAUGUUUGACGUUCGCAAACAGACACAGAGGAGCUUACGGGGAAGAAAGGAGUGGGGCGGAGAGUGGCGGCAGCGGCGGUGGCGUUCGUAGUAGUAGUAGUAAAAGAUUCCUGUCAGAUCUAGAUUCAUGACCACUGCAAAUCAGCAGCCACAGGCUCUGUUUUUCCUUACACAUUCUGGUUCUUUAAUGUCCCAGGCCACAUGCAACACUGCAUUCAUUUACGCACACAGCACCACUACUAUCUUGCUUCUUUGUCUUUGUCAGCCUAAAACUGUGAACACAAGAGCCUCUAGUAGAUCUAGAUAGCACAGAAGCACAACAAGUCACAACAUUAUCUGAUGAGAUAUCCAGCAUGCAUCCGAAUCAGUUGGGGCUGAUUAGAAUUAACAUUUGUUUUGCGUCCUGCAUGCAGGUAGCCAAUUUGGUUAAAAUUCAUGUUUUCUGAGGAGUCGAACAAAUCAUUUCCAGGAAGCUUAACUUCAGAAUCACUUUUGCACAUAAAAAAUUGGAAAGUGAAUUGAUAUACAAGGCUCAAUCUACUUCAACUGCACAGGCGAUGUAUUCAUUAACAUUUCAGCAUUCGCAACUGUCAUACAAGUGUAAAAAGAAGUUAACCGCUUCAAUAGGAAAAACACAAAAAUAAUUUCAUCCUCAUGUUUUUCAGUUAACGUUUUUGCCUCCAUUUAUGUGCAUUUUCUGGAUAGUAAACAAUAUGGUUCCCGUCUUGUCAUGUUAUUAAUACACUGCGUGAGUGCAACUGUGUUCUUAAUGGGUUUUUUUGUUUUGUUUUGGGUUUUUUUUUUUUUAAAUCACAAAACGUCCUUGUUAGCAGGUUGCUAGUACAUGGAAACAGGAACCGGAAGUCAGCCAUCUAUGAUGUCAUCAGUGUUUGAUUCUGUAAUUCUUUGCUCACUACCACAGUUACGCCACAAAUCUCAAAAAUGUUAACACAAAACACGCAUUUAUAGUUUUAAAAUUGUAGUUGUAGAAAACCAUUUGAAAUACAUACAAAUGACUAAUGAACAUCUAAGUUUACUUUUAUCGUCAUUCAAGACGUGAUUGUUGCCAAAGACACGAUGUGACAGCAAGAUCAAGACGGACACCACCUUCAUGUUUUGAUAUGAGUUAUUUAACAAAUUCAAGUGUUUCUCACCUUCUUUAUGAAAUGCCGGCACUUGGAACUUUAUUUGGCUUAAUUUUGAUAUUAGACAAGACAGAUACUUGAGGUGGGAAACACGACUGAAUUUAAGAAAUAACUCUUCUUGCUGCCACAUCGUGUCUUUGUCGACAAUUAUAUCUUCAAUUAAGGUAAAAGUAACCUUAAAUGUUAAUUUAUAUGUAUUUAUAGGUAUUUCAAAUUUUUUUCUGGAUGUAUUAUAAUUGUAAACCUAUGAAAAUGUGUUUUGUGUUAACAUUUUUGGGUGUCCGGAACGUAUUGAUUGGAUUUACAUGAUUUCUUAUGGGAAAAUUUUAUUUGGUGAGAGUAUGUUUCGGUUCGAGUUGGAGCUUCUGGAACGGAUUAAUGACGCUUACCAAGGCUCCGCUGUAUUUACUGUUAUUAUUAAUGCCAUGCUGAGGUCAGAGAGGUGUUUUCCCUGUGUGUACCAUUGCAGUAAGUUUAAUUUAUGGUUCUGUGAGUCACCAUAUUUUUCCUAUUUGUCAUCUCUGGUACCCAAUGCCCUGGCAACACACAAAAAAGCGAAAUAAAAAGCAAAACACUCUUCUGGAGUUAAUACGGAGCUCCAAUGUAUAUACCAUAUUGACCCGAAUACAAGAUGGUAUUUUUUCACUAAAAACAUAAUAAACAUAAUAAUGAUUUACUCUGUAUUUUGUUUUUUUCCCCAAAAAUGGGUUUUAAAAAACAGGUGUGUUACAUUCAGGUCAAUACAGUAAAUGUUAACAGUUUCGCUUAUUAUUAAAACAAAGAAUUUUUAUUUGUAUUUUUUUACAUUUUUCUCAUUUUUGCUUUUGGCUGGAUGUGGAUUGUGUUGAGAACAUCCUUGGAAGAAUACCUACCCAUCAUACAAAAUCCAGGUUGCUAUAUUAACUGUAGAUGGGAAGAAGGACAAACAAAUAAGGGAAGAAAAAGUUACCACAUAUGUAUAUAAAAAUAACAUUGAAAUGUCUAAAGCGCUUUUACAACAAGGUGUGAAUUGGAUUGGAAUUGAAAAGAAGACUCAGGUAGUUAAAACUUCAGGCUGGUUUUCCUGCAUUCCAUUAUGGUAAAGCCAUACAAGAUGUAUAAAAGAAUUAAUACUCUUUAUAUUUUUAUACACUGCAUUUAACUAAUAGAAUAAGAGUCUUACUGCUACAUGUCGUUUGCUUCCUCAGUCAGCAAACAGAUAAAGUCAUAAAUACACUACAUACACCAUUAAACUUGCAGCCUGCAGUCCUAAACCCUUUGUUAUUUACACUGCAAACACAAACAACACUGCUUGAUUUGUGAGCUUUAGGCUUUAGUUACCCAAUCAGUCCAUCAGUUUUUUGUAGACUGCAUAUGCCGUCUAAAAGAUAUUGAUGUUAUCAUCUGACCCCAAAGAAAGCAAACAUGCACAUUGGCCCAACUAGAGCUGCAGAUAUACAGUGGUGUGAAAAAGUUGCAGAUUUUUUUUUUUUUGCUUUUGUUUGUCACACCUAAAUGUUUCAGACCACCGAAAAAAUUUUAAUGUUAGUCAAUGAAAACACAAAUGAACACAAAAUGCAGUUUUUAAAUUAAACUUUUUAUUAUUAAGGGAAAAAAAAUCCAAACCUACAUGGCCCUGUGUGAAAAAGUGAUUGAUCCCUAAACCUAAUAAGUGGUUGGGCCACCCUUAGCAGCAACAACUGCAAUCAAGCGUUUGCGAUAACUUGCGAUGAGUCUCUUACAGCACUGUGGGGGAAUUUUGGCUCACUCAUCUUUGCAGAAUUGUUGUAAUUCAGCCACAUUGGAGGAGGUUUUAAGCAUGAACCGCAUAUUUAAGGUCAUGCCACAGCAUCUCAAUAGGAUUCAGGUCAGGACUUUGACUAGGCCACUCCAAAGUCUUCAUUUUGUUUUUCUUCAGCCAUUCAGAGGUGGACUUGCUGGUGUGUUUUGGAUCAUUGUCCUGCUGCAGAACCCAAGUUGGUUUCAACUGGAGGUCAUGAGCAGAUGGCUGGAAAUUCUUCAGGAUUUUUUGGUAGACAGCAGAAUUCAUGGUUCCAUUUAUCACAGCAAGUCUUCCAGGUCCUGAAGCAGCAAAACAGUUCAGACCAUCACACUACCACCACCAUAUUUUACUGUUGGCAUGAUGUUCUUUUUCCGAAAUGCGGCGUUACUUUUACGCCAGAUGUAAUGGGAUAUACCGUACACCUUCCAAAAAGUUCAACUUUUGUCUCGUCAGACCACAGUAUUUUCCCCAAAGGUCUUGGGGAUCAUCAAGAUGUUUUCCGGCAAAAUUGAGACAAGCCUUAAUGUCGUUUUUGAUCAGCAGUGUUUUUUGUCUUGGAACUCUGCCAUGCAUGUCGUUUUUGUCGAGUGUCUUUCCUAUGGUGGAGUCAUGAUCACUGACUUAACUGAGGCAAGUGAGGCCUGAAGUUCUUUGGAUGUGGGGUCUUUUGUGACCCCUUGGAUGAGUCGUCGCUGUGCUCUAGGGGUCAUUUUGGUUGAUCGGCCACUCCCGGGAAGGUUCGCCACUGUUCCAUGUUUUUGCAAUUUGUGGAUAAUGGCUCUCGCUGCAUUUUGUGUUCAGUUGUGUUGUCAUUGACUAAUAUUUACAUUUGUGGGAUGAUCUGAAACAUUUAAGUGUGACAAACAUGCAAAAAAAAUAACUCAGGAAAGGGGCAAAAAAAAUGUCACACCACUGUAUAUUUGAUAAUCGUAUGUAAUAUGGAGUCAUGCUGGGGUCAUGUUUGAGUCGACACUGAUAGACGUGACCGUGCGUGCACACACAAAAAUAUCAUGCCUGGGAGGCAUGUGUAUUGUAGCAACUGUGCUUUCCAUCAUAGCGCUGAACUAAUCAGUGUUAUGUUCUAUAAGUAAACCUUCGUUCCCCCCCGUUGAGGCUUAGGGUUACAGGGCCAGCAGAGGUUUCGGGACUACAAGCUCUCUGCAGAGCUUUUGGCUCCAGUCUAUGAUUAACCUUCGAGAAGAAGCAUGAGUGUAAAAAAUGGCUGCAAGGGAGAGUUAAAGGACUGUGAAACAAUGCAAUGCUUUCCACAACAUAAGUCUCCUACAGGUCAGUGGAUUCGGUGACACACAGAGCUUUUUAGUCACACAAUAUAACCAGUGAGACAUCAAUGCUUAUGUAACAGAUUUCAUCUAGCUUAGCUGUGCACUAGAACGUUAUGUAAACCUCACUCACUGAUGCCUCAAGAGCCGCGCUGGUCAGUGGGUUUGGAACCUGGGCUUUAGUCUACUGGCUGGCAUGCACCACUCUCAGUCAGAGUGGUUGUGUGCAGGGCAUAUGCUGUCAGAAAAUGUUGUGUUUUAUUGUACAGUUCUUCUGCAUUAUGCACAAUUGAUCUCCACUGACUGCAAUAAUUUAAAUGUCCUGCCAUCCUCUGACAGGUGACAGGUGGUCUAAGGGAGUACAGUGGAACCUUUAAUGUCAAACAAUCUGGACUCUGAGGCUGGUUGACUUCCAAGUUGUUCUGAUUUUAAAACAAUUUUCUCCCAGAGAAAAGUGAAAAGGAUGAAACCCUGUCGGUGACGUUUGAAGUAACAUUCUAAAUGAGAUACAGUAAUCUCUCGUUUAGUGCGGUAAGUGAAUUCCAACAAAGAUUUUCAUUGUUAGAACGAGGUUAAAACCUUUUUACAAACUUCUAAAUAUGGUUUUUAACAUUAUUAUAGCCCUCUAGACAUGAAAUAACACCCCUAUAGUCACCUUAACACUCGCAUUACCCAAUAAAGUAGACAUAACAGAAAAUAAGUCAUUUAAGACAUGCUUGUGUAUGUUGCUGUAAAUGUGUUCCAGUGUUGGGGGAGGACAGGAAGUGACGUUGGGGGGUUCAGAAUGGAGUUUUAGUUUGGCGUGGGUUACCGCCGCAACAGUAGCUCGUGUUCGGGAUGUUUAUGCUUGAUGUGAGGUAAUUCAAACCUGCAAUAAAAACCUGUUACUCAAGUCUGGUGCUUGUGUGUCUCAUCGUGCUCGAAAGCAAAAAAAAUGUAAAUAGGCCAUAUUCAACCACAAAACAGCAUUAUUAAUUUAUGCAUUUUUGAAAAUAUGAUUGAAUUUGAAGCGCAAAGUAGCGAGGGAUUACUGAAUAAGGAAACUGAACAAAACAAAAUUAAUGGGCUGGAAUUAAUGAGCGUUACAAAAGUUUAGCAUUUGCUUGGUAACAUUUAUUCAUAACUGAUAUUUAAUUAAUUGUAUUGAUUGUGUUGUCCUGAGCAGCGAGAUCCUUUCCUACGUAUUAUGUCCAAUUUCUGGUUAUUGUCACACUUUUCCCUCUUUGCAAUUGCCAAAAAGUCAAAGAAAAAGCAAAACACACGAGUCUAGUUCAUCCGUUAGAUGCUCACUGAGCUGAAGUCCAAUUCCAAGUUUGGUUUGACUUUUGAGGCAUGUUUUUUUGCACUCCAAAUCGUUUUCUUGUGGGGUGUUGGACUUUGGAGGUUCCACUGUAGCGCGAGUUCUUGCUGUCGUGUAACUCUUUCCUUUCAUCUUCUCACCCACAAUUCACUUUAAAUGAUGCAAAAGCCUCCACUGCACAUGAUAAAACAUGAACAGCGGACCUUUGUGUUCUUUUCAGCAUAAAUUGUUCAACUCAAUCCUGCUGGGGUUUCUUCCCGUCAAGACAUAUUGUUUCUGUAAUCUCCAAGUAAUGAAUCUGCUCAUGAGGAAACAGCACUUUGACCUAUAAAAGCUCCAAAUUGGUUGAUAAUGAGCAGGAUCUGCCAUUUUCAUCUUGAAAAUGGCUGACAUUUUCAUUAAAUGUAAUAAAAAAAAAUGCCAUAUCGUGAUGAUACGGUGCACUCUGCAGAGAGUGGAGGUGCUUGUUUCAGGAGUAAACCAUACGAACAGUCACUUUGAAAGCAGCAGGCAGGGAAACUGCAGACCAGUAACAGAAUGAUGUAUCACUUGCUUGCUUGGUUGCCUCUGAUGUGUAACUGUGAUCUCAGCAUUAGCUUUGGAGUUUCAUUUUCCAGUGCUUUUGUAUUUAGACUGAAGGUACAGAGCCACUGAAAACGUCCUCUGGUUAACUGUAUGCUAAAAGAUGUCUUCUUGACUCUUGGCAUCACAUCCAGUUAUGUAUGCAAAACAAUUUUGUUUGCAGGUUGCACAUUUCUACCAAUGAUUGUAAUUUUAUAUUUAUGUAAUUAAAAGUCACAGAUAUGCUACUGGGUUCCAUU